CGCCAAAUCCCAGACAAAACAGUGCAGUGGCAUCUGGGACCCACCUAUUUAAACCCCACCUUCCUCGAUCACGUUCCAAGUUCCCACCGACGGAUCAAAAUCAAAUUACAUUAAAAAUACUUCUCCAGGCAUAAUUCAUUCUUCCAAGUUCGAACCCCGGCGGCGAAUCUCCGCUCUGAUUACCGGUAAAGACGGUCUCUCUCAGAUAUCUGAAAGAUGUCCGGUCAAAGCCAGCGCUUGAAUGUGGUUCCAACUGUUACAAUGCUUGGAAUCAUGAAAGCUCGGCUUGUGGGUGCUACAAGAGGUCAUGCGCUUCUCAAGAAGAAGAGUGAUGCCCUAACUGUACAAUUUCGUCAGAUUCUUAAGAAGAUAGUCUCUACAAAAGAAUCAAUGGGAGACAUUAUGAAGACCUCUUCGUUUGCCCUAACCGAGGCUAAGUAUGUUGCUGGUGAGAACAUUAAACACAUUGUCCUUGAGAAUGUUCAAAAUGCUUCUCUCAAAGUUCGAUCCCGACAAGAGAAUGUUGCUGGGGUGAAGCUUCCCAAGUUUGAGUAUUUUACAGAUGGUGAGACCAAGAAUGACCUGACUGGUUUGGCCAGAGGGGGGCAACAGGUUCAACAGUGCCGUGCUGCUUAUGUGAAAGCAAUUGAGGUUCUAGUUGAGCUUGCUUCUCUUCAGACAUCAUUCUUAACACUUGAUGAGGCAAUCAAGACCACAAAUCGCAGAGUUAAUGCUUUAGAGAAUGUUGUGAAGCCAAGGUUGGAGAAUACGAUAAGUUACAUUAAGGGAGAGUUGGAUGAGCUUGAAAGGGAGGAUUUCUUUAGGUUAAAGAAGAUACAAGGUUAUAAGAAGAGGGAAAUAGAGAGACAGCUUGCUGCUGCCAAGCAGUUUGCUGAGGAUCAGUUUGGAGAGAAAAUUUCCUUGCAAAAAGGGGUUUCAAUCAAUUCAGCUCACAAUUUGUUAUCUGCAGCCAUGGAGAAGGACGAAGAUAUCAUUUUUUAACGAAGAGGCUAGUCUGUAUUCCCUUUCCUAGGAUCUGGUGCUUGUUUGAUGGCGAGGGGUUCCUUUAUUUAUUUAGGUGCUGUUCCGAAUAAAUGUUAUAUGCUAAUGUGUAUUAUUUAAUGAUCAGACAUUCACCAUUUCUUUUUUUGUCGGUAGACGUACAUCAUUUCAAGGCUCUAAGGUAUGUUGCCUGAAUGGUCUUUUUGUUGAUUACUGCAGUAUACUUGGGGGAGGCUCUCGCGGUAUGCAUAUAGAUAUAAUCACUGUCUCUCAUGAGGGAGUCUGUAGGACCUACAACUUUGUUUGCAGUGGAUUGCUGGAAAACAGUUGCUUGGUGUGCAUGCAGUGCGCACAUUUGUGCAGCUGGGUGUAUUUUUAUGUUGAGUUGUUGAUUAAUUUUCAGACCAUACUUUCUACCUGUCA